AAUAUUUUUGAAUCCGGCCCGUACGUACGCGCGGUCUAUAAAUCAUGAUCUCCUUUCAUUUAUUCGUAACACGCAACUCAUGAUGAACGGUUUUAGUCACCACAGAUUAGAAGGCAAGGUAGCCAUAGUCACCGGUGGCGCUAGCGGAUUUGGUGAAAGUACGGUGAGACUCUUUGCUAGACAUGGUGCGAAAGUGGUGAUAGCGGACGUUCAAGAUGACUUGGCUAUUUCUCUUUGUAACAAAAUAGUCUCGGAAUCAGGUAACAACAACGUUAUUUACGUUCAUUGCGAUGUUACUCAAGAUUCGGACAUGAAGCACGUGGUGGGCACGGCCGUUUCCACGUUUGGAAAACUCGACAUCAUGUUCAACAACGCGGGUAUCACAGGAAACCUUGAUUUCACAAUCUUGGACUCCGAUAACAAAAACUUCAAACGUGUGUUUGAUGUAAAUGUGUUUGGAUCAUUUUUAGGAGCUAAACAUGCUGCUAAGGUUAUGAUACCGGCGAAACGUGGUGUGAUUUUGUUUACUUCAAGUGUAGCUUCUGUUCUUGCAGGCGAGUCUCCACAUGCUUACACAAUGUCUAAGCAUGCGGUUUUAGGGUUGAUGAAAAACUUGUGUGUGGAAUUGGGGCAAUACGGGAUUAGGGUUAAUUGUAUUUCACCAGGGUCUGUCUCAACCCCGUUGCUGACAAAUGCAAUGGGGUUGGAAAAGACCAUGGUGGAUGGUAUUGUGUGUGAAUCCGCGGUGUUGAAAGAGGUGGUGCCAACGGCCGAGGAUGUGGCCGAGGCGGCAUUGUAUCUGGGGAGUGAUGCGGCUAAGUAUGUAACUGGUCUAAACUUGGUGGUUGAUGGUGGUUAUAGUACCACUAAUCCAACUUACUCUAGGGUUAUUAAGCAAACGUUUGAAAAUCUUGCCAAAAAGACAUAGUUACUUUGAGAUUGUCCCAUUUAUAUUUAUCCAUUAUUAUUUGGGUUAGUUUCAAUAAUACUACUCCAUAUUUAUGAUUGUAUUGGUUUAACAUAUAUUGGUCAAUUUGAUCGUUGUUAUAUAUGUUUUUCAUUUCUUGUA